CCGGAUCUUUCGGAGACUGCGGGGUCGGGGGCGGCGUCGUCAAGAUGGCGGCGGCGGCGGUGGCGGCGGCAGCGGCGGCGGCCGCGGCUGCAUCUCUGCAGGUGCUAGAGAUGGAGAGCAUGGAGACGGCCGCUGCCGGCUCGGCGGGGCUGGCCGCCGAAGUCAGAGGCAGCGGCACGGUGGACUUCGGGCCUGGGCCUGGCUUGUCUGCAAUGGAGGCGAGCGGGGGCGACCCGGGCCCGGAGGCCGAGGAUUUCGAGUGCAGCUCUCACUGCUCGGAGCUGUCAUGGAGGCAGAACGAGCAGCGGCGCCAGGGCCUCUUCUGCGACAUUACCUUGUGCUUCGGCGGUGCGGGAGGCCGCGAGUUCCGGGCCCACCGCUCGGUGCUGGCCGCCGCCACCGAGUACUUCACGCCCCUGCUCUCGGGCCAGUUCUCCGAGUCCCGCUCGGGCCGGGUGGAGAUGCGCAAGUGGAGCUCCGAACCCGGGCCCGAACCCGACACGGUGGAAGCCGUUAUCGAAUACAUGUACACCGGGCGCAUCCGCGUCAGCACGGGCAGUGUGCACGAGGUGCUGGAGUUGGCCGACAGGUUCCUAUUAAUUCGUUUAAAAGAAUUUUGUGGAGAAUUUCUCAAGAAAAAACUUCAUCUCUCUAAUUGUGUGGCCAUUCAUAGUUUAGCUCACAUGUAUACUCUAAGCCAACUUGCUCUGAAAGCUGCGGAUAUGAUACGGAGAAACUUCCACAAAGUAAUUCAGGAUGAGGAAUUUUAUACUUUACCUUUCCACCUCAUUCGAGACUGGCUGUCGGACUUGGAGAUUACAGUUGAUUCUGAAGAGGUUCUAUUUGAAACAGUUUUGAAAUGGGUUCAGAGAAAUGCUGAAGAGAGAGAGAGAUACUUUGAAGAACUUUUUAAGUUGCUCAGAUUGUCCCAGAUGAAACCUACUUACCUUACUCGUCAUGUCAAACCAGAGAGGCUGGUGGCCAAUAAUGAAGUUUGUGUCAAGUUAGUGGCCGAUGCAGUGGAGAGGCAUGCUCUUAGAGCCGAGAAUAUACAGUCUGGCACGUUCCAGCAUCCCGCUUCUCAUGUCUCAUUAUUACCUCGCUAUGGGCAAAACAUGGACGUGAUCAUGGUCAUUGGAGGCGUGUCAGAAGGAGGGGACUAUUUAAGUGAAUGUGUGGGAUAUUUUGUCGAUGAGGACAGAUGGGUAAACCUGCCCCAUAUUCACAAUCACCUUGAUGGACAUGCUGUUGCAGUAACAGAAUCCUACGUGUAUGUUGCUGGGUCGAUGGAACCAGGGUUUGCUAAAACUGUGGAAAGGUAUAACCCAAACUUGAAUACCUGGGAACACGUUUGUAGUCUGAUGACAAGGAAGCAUUCUUUUGGACUAACAGAAGUCAAAGGGAAGCUAUACAGCAUUGGAGGACAUGGCAACUUCAGUCCUGGUUUUAAAGAUGUGACCGUUUAUAAUCCCGAGCUUGAUAAAUGGCACAACUUGGAAUCAGCACCAAAGAUUCUUCGCGAUGUUAAAGCACUAGCCAUUGAGGACCGGUUUGUGUACAUCGCUGCCCGCACUCCUGUGGACCGGGACACUGAAGAUGGAUUAAAGGCUGUCAUCACUUGUUAUGAUACGGAGACUCGACAGUGGCAAGAUGUGGAAUCUUUGCCACUUAUUGACAAUUACUGCUUUUUCCAAAUGUCUGUGGUCAAUUCAAACUUUUAUCAGACAGCCUCAUGCUGCCCCAAGAGUUAUUCUUUAGAAAAUGAAGAGGCGGUAAGAAAAAUUGCCGGCCAAGUUUCUGAUGAGAUCCUUGAGAGCUUACCUCCAGAAGUCCUAAGCAUCGAAGGCGCGGCCAUUUGCUAUUACAGAGAUGACGUUUUCAUUAUUGGAGGCUGGAAGAACAGUGAUGAUAUUGACAAGCAGUAUCGGAAGGAGGCUUACCGGUACUGUGCCGAGAGAAAGAGGUGGAUGCUUCUGCCUCCCAUGCCACAGCCUCGUUGUAGAGCCGCUGCCUGCCAUGCGAGAAUCCCAUACCGGUACUUGCACGGCACUCAGAGAUACCCCAUGCCUCAAAACUUAAUGUGGCAGAAGGACCGGAUCAGACAGAUGCAAGAAAUACAUCGACACGCCCUAAACAUGCGCCGAGUGCCCAGCUCUCAGAUAGAAUGCUAGGUUCUCUGAUAUGUGCGGCUCCAAACAGUUACACCUGUUCACGAGGCUGAAGAUACCCAGACUGUUGCUUGAAAAAGUAAUUCCAUAACUUAUUUUCUACAUGAACUGAUCAUCGCCCCAAAUAAAGGAAAUACAGUCAAAAACGGAAGAAUGGGAAGAUCAAUUCAAUACAUGGUAAUUUUUGUUAGUUGGCGGUCUUGAUCCAUUUUUGGUUUGUGUGUGUGUUAGCUGAAUAUUAAAGAUAAGUGGAAAAACCAGGUGCAGUUACUUGACUGUCUGCCAGCAAGUUAUAGCUCCUUUGUCUUAGGGUCUUAUGUUUUGAACAUGCGUUAAGCACCAGUUAUAUUUGCACAUUUACUUUGAUAAUCUUUUUCAUUUUUUUCUCGAAUGGUUGGCUUUGACAAGAUCAGAAUUUAUGUAUUGAGCCGUCAUCUACCGGAGGUGUGUGCAAUAGUGAGAUUGAAAUUUGAAGGAAAAAGCACCGUAUUUCAGCAAGAUGAUUUCAGAAUGUUUGCACUGAUACUUUUGUGUAUUUGUUUAUCUACAGAUGCUGGCUCGUUUAUUUCUAGAAGAGAUGAUUGAUAAGAAAUUUGUGAUUGGCUCAUGUAUUUUUUGAGUAUUUUUCAUUUCUUUAGCAACUGUGUUAUACACUUCAGGUCAUCACUCUGAGACAGGGGUAGUUGGCAAGAGCACUGAUCUUUAGCUGAUGGACUGAAUACAGAGGAAGUUGUAUCUGUGAAAUGCGUUUCUCUAAGAAGAAAAGUAUUGUUAGUCUAGAGUAAGAAAUCAAAGGCACUGAAAAAUUUAAAACCGCUUUUUUCGGGAGUUGCAGGCUUAUUUGAAGAUAAAUUAAUGAGUGUAAAUAAUGCCAAUGACAAGCGACACAAUGCCUUCGAUUUUAAAUUCUGCUCUGAUGCAUAUUGUCUGGAAUCCUUACCAUUCCUUUCUAAAAGAAACGUGGGGCUUCCCUGGUGGCGCAGUGGUUGAGAGUCCGCCUGCCGAUGCAGGGGACACGGGUUCGUGCCCCGGUCUGGGAAGAUCCCACAUGCCGUGGAGCGGCUGUGCCCGUGAGCCAUGGACGCUGAGCCUGCGCGUCCGGAGCCUGUGCUCCGCAACGGGAGAGGCCACAACAGUGAGAGGCCCGCGUACCACAAAAAUAAAUAAAAUAAAAUAAAAUAAAAUAAACGUUUUUCAAACUGGGAAGGAAGUAACAAUUUAGAGAAAUGUUGCUAAAGAGAAGCCUUAUUAUUUCUCAGCCUGGAUUAUUACGGUGUUUUAUCCAGUUGCCCUAGACUUUCAUUGGAACUUUGCCUGAGCCUAGAAUACUACAUUUGGGUGCAUAAUUAUGGCUCUUAAAAAUUUAUCACUAUGGGGCUUCCCUGGUGGCGCAGUGGUUGAGAGUCCGCCUGCCGAUGCAGGAGACAUGGGUUCGUGUCCUGGUCCGGGAAGAUCCCACAUGCCGCGGAGCGGCUGGGCCCGUGAGCCAUGCCGCUGAGCCUGCGCGUCCGGAGCCUGUGCUCCGUAACGGGAGAGGUCACAACAGUGAGAGGCCCGCGUACCGCAAAACAAACAAACAAACAAACAAAAAUUUAUCACUAUGGUUAUCUUUUAUUUAUUUUUAUGCAUUCUUCUGAUACUCUUAUCUGUGCCCAGGCUUUAUGCAAAUUAGCACUUAGGUUGACUUUUAGCACUCAGUUAACAUAAGGGACUCCUGCUCUAACGGUUUGAAGUGUGGGUCCAGUAUACUUUUCUUGUUUCUUUCAGAAUGUCUCUACCUUCUUAGACAUUCUGGAAUACCAUUCUAGAAGGUGAAUUCCAAGUACAGUGAUUUUUUUUUUCCCUAGUCCAUUAUAGUUAAUCUUACUAGUUGGAUCAAACAUCAAAAGGAAAAAAAGCACAACCAGGAAUUUUGGCUCUCAGUGUGCUGUGAGACUAUUAAUGUUUAGCCCUUGGACUCUAUACUAAGAACUUAACUGAAAUUUCUGAAUUGGUAUCCCUGCGUAGGACAAAGUUUUUCAAUACUGUGUUGGAAAUCUGCUUUAAAACCAUUUAAUUUAGGCUGGGGUAGGGAUGGGAGACUGCAAGUCUAUUUCUAUAUGAGGACAUAUUAUCCUACCCCACCUCUACUGUUUUCUUAAUUUCCAUUUAUUUGUAGUUAUUUUAAUAAAAGCUAUUUGGAUUCUGAGAAGUGCUAAGUAGUUGUGAGAGGUCUAUGCAAGUAAGACAGAAGAGUUCAUUGAAUGAAGUUCUCAUUUCUCUCUGAUAGACUGUGCUAGCAAACUGCCUUUUCUUUGGUGCUGUUGAAAUAAUUUAGUAGCUCACUAAGGUGCCAGUUUCUCUCCAGAAGGGUGUAAGGUUUUUGAUUGCCCUUUUUUUUUUGUCUCAGAGUUGUCUUCUAAGACAGUCAUUACCAAGUUAUAUGUAGGGUUAUCUUUUUUUCACAUGAUGUGGCGGAAGUCAUAACUCAUAAGAUUUAGGUAUAAUCUGGUUUUGAAAACGUGAUUGAAACUGUUGUUUUUUAACUCGGCAGGCAGCCUAGGCCAUGGCUGGAAAGAGAGGGUAAGUCCUUCCUUGCAUGAUGAUGUGUGCAGGGUUCCUGACUACUGAAUUCCUAAUUUUCAUAUUUGAAUUCACAUGUGUGAUUUCACAUCAGUAACUUGUGUUUCUGAAAUAUCCUAACUAACUUGUUAAUAAGGAAAGAAACCAGAUUUGCUUAAGUCUGUUCAAGGCUGACAUUCUGAAAUUCUAAACUGGAAAUAACUUCCCGCAGUAUUUGGAAAGGUUCUGAUUAUGAUGACCAGCCUAAAAUGGCUCUUUGGGAAAGAAAUUUCCUUUUUGAUGAAAACUUAAAGAUUGUGUUUGAUAAUUUAAGCAGUUAAAAAUACAGCUUUAAAAAGACAGCUUAAUAUGUAUUCAAGCAAACCUUUUUUGCUUUUGUUUUUGUUUUGUAGAAGGAAAAGAGAGGAAUUGAUUAUACCAAAAAGUAAUAACUAUACAUAACUUGGAGUGAGGCUACUUAUAUCUUAGAAUGGAUAUCCUUUAACUAUACCUACCCCACCACGGUUAAAAAAAAAAAAAUCAGUGUAUAUAUUGAGAAUGUCAGUCAUGAGCUUAGUGUUUAAGUAAUACAUCUCACUUGCAGUUGUUUGCAUGAUUAGUCUUGUGUAUCUUGAUACUCAACUUUGCUUUUGCUGUGCCAAUUCAAAACUACUUUGCUAAAAAAAAAACAAACCCUCAGAAUUCAUUGACAUCAGUUUUGUCUUGAUUACUUGAUUUUGUAUUGUAUUUCUGGGACCAAAAAAUUUUUGAAAUCUUUUUUUAUGUAGGACAGAAGUUUGAAGAGAUAGAAAGAUAGUGUUUAUGGCAGAUUUCUGUUCUUUUGUAUAUUAAACUCUUCAGGCUGCUGGUAAGGCAGUUUCUAGGGCACACUUUUUUUCCUCUUUAUGUUUCUUGCUAGUGUAGACGUGGUAGGUUUAAAUACUUCAUUCUGUGCUUCAUAAUUCUAAUAUGAACACUAUACUAUCGGUAGACACAUAAGCUGAAUUGUAUGUUUUAGUUACUUGGCCUAAUCAAGCAUAACCAAAGGGAGGUUUUUUUUGUACGUGCCUCAAACUAAGUGUAUCGGCCACAUUUCAUGUCUUUCCCAAAUAUGUAGAAUUGUGAAGCAAGAUCUCUGCCUACACUAGAAACAUAGGGUGUUUACAGGUUGUCAUUUAAGUGUAGAAUAUUUGGAGAAACAGUUCAGUCUCUCCUUUUUUAAACUGUUAAACAUUCUGUCACAGUUCAUCACUCCAGUUUGUUACUUUCUUGAGAAUAGUCCAUUUUUGUUUUUGUUAUAAUGCUUACUAUUAUAAUGUGUUUUGGUCAUUGGAAACAAAACAGCUCAUAGUCGUGAUGUAAUACAGUAACAAUAACAUAAUAGUCAUUUUGCUUCAAGGAAUUUAAUUAGAUAGCCAAAUAACCACUCUUUGUUGAUUACCUUUGUACAGCUUUUGUCUUACUCUCCAUGACCAUUACUGGAAAUGUCUGACAGUGAAGCACAUACAAUAGAGCACUUGUUAACUUAAUCCUCCUGCAUAAUGCACUCAUGAAAAGUAGUGCUUGCUACAUGGUUGAAGAUCUUAUGAUCCAUGUGCUGGGGCUCUUUGAGUUAUUUGUAAAAUAAAUAUUUAGUUCCAGUUGAUAGAGUGAGUUUUCUGGGCUAACAGUAUCAAGCCCCUAUCUACUGCAAGUAUAAUCUUGACUGCCCCCCUUUAAGUCAGAGGAGAUGUAGAAUUUAGGACACUUUGAGACAUUACAUUGUAAAAUAGCUUGUUUUAUGUUCCUAAAGCUAUCUUGUUCUGUGUUAUAGCUACUAAUCAUCUCAAUGUAAGUUUUAA